AUGGCAGAAAGUCUAGACAGAUGUAUAGACGAUAUCAAUAGAGCGGUGGACUCCGUGUCCACGCUGUAUUUCAAACCGCCGGGAAUAUUUCAUAACGCCAUCCUGCAAGGAACCAGUGACAAGGCAAGUCUCAGGAAAGACAUCACAAGGCUGAUCAAAGACUGCAACCAUGACGAGGCUUACCUGCUGUUCAAAGUCAAUCCGGACAAACAGUCCGUGUCGCGUAGAGACGGUAAACAGGGAGUGUUCGACUACGUGAACAAAAGAGACACCAAUAUUAAAAGAAAUAGAAGGCUGGGCAAACCGGGUGAAAAACCAAUCAUUCAUGUUCCCAAGGAAGUGUACUUGAACAAGGAUCGUUUGGAUUUAAACAACAAGAGAAGGAAGACAGGCGCAACGGGCGGUGUUGGCUUGAACAACUUCAUGUUCGACACCGAUCUCAUAGGUUCCUCGCUUAUUUCUAAUUCUAGCUCAGGUACAUUCAAAGCAUUAUCCGCCGUGUUCAAAGAUGACUCCCAGAUCCAGCGACUACUGUAUGCCUUGGAGAACGGGAGUGUGCUCAUGGAAGAAGAAUCCAAUAACCAAAGACGGAAAACUAUCUUUGUGGAGGACUUCCCCACUGAUCUAAUUCUCAAAGUCAUGGCAGAAGUAACAGAUUUAUGGCCGCUCACGGAGUUCAAGCAAGAAUACGACCAGUUGUCCCACAACUACGAACAACUGUCUUCCAAGCUGGGGUUCAUCAAAAAGGAGGUUCUGCUUCAAGAUGACCGUUUAAGAACCAUGUCACAGUACCAUCCUUCCUCAUCUCAUGAUGUUGCCAGAAUUAUCCGCAAGGAGAAGGACGAAAUCAGGCGGCUGGAAAUGGAGAUUGCAGACUUGCAAGAGCAAGAAACCGCUCCCAUGCAAGAGUAG